AUGUCGAUCAUCCCGACUGGCCCAAUGGCCAUCAGCACAGGAACCAACAAGGAGUUGAAUGAGCUCCAGGAGCCCGACAAACUCCGCCAGAUGUCAGUGAGCGGCGCUCAUCCGGGCAUCCGUCAACGUCUCUGGGGUCUGCAGGCCCGUUUGGACCCUACUGUCACCUUUGAAGAAUACACCUUCUGGGCCAAGAUCGAACGUGAACUGGAGGCCAUUGAGUACCGCCAUUAUAUGGCCAAGCUCAAGGGCGCAGGCGUCAUCGGUUACCUCAAGGCCUAUUUCAGCAACUCGACUGAAAUUGAUGCCCACAGCAUUACCGGUUCUCAAGAUGGCGUGACACAAAGUGAGAGCACCCAGGCCGGCAAGUCCGAAAAGGAGCAGGAGAAGAACGGCGUUGUUGCCAACAGCGACCCUACCAUCAGCGACUCUGGCAUUCUCCCAAUUGCGCCGUCAACCAGGGAAGACUUGGAUGCCGAGUGGCGACGUGCCGCUCGCGCCCUCCGCACAACUGGCUGGAUCACCAUCUUCUACCUCAUCACCACCGACAUCCUCGGUUGGAGUCAGACCCCUUACGUCUUCGCCAGCGUUGGUUACGGCCUUGGUGUCGGCAUUUUCGUGCUUUUCGGGCUUGCCGCCGCCGCCUCGGGGCUGAUGAUCUGGAAGGUCUUCCUGGCUCUUGACUCUUCGCGCUACCCCAUGCUGAGCUUCGGCGACCCUUUCUUCCGUCUCUUCGGUCCCAAGACCCGCAACUUCAUCAAUGUUACCCAAGCCUUUCAGAUGUGGUGUUCUGUCUGCGUUGUGCUCAUGGGCAACUCGCAGAUCUUGUCGCAGCUGGCCGACGCCAAGGUCUGCUACAUCGCCAUCGUCAUCAUCAAUAUGGUCGUUGGUAUGGCCUCAGGCUGGCUGCGAUCUUUGAAGCAUCUUGGUUGGCUAUGCAACUUCGCCGUCUGGAUCAACAUUGUCAGCUUCAUCAUCAUCUGUGCCGCCGCUGCAACUAACGGCCCGGACCCUACCGUCGCUCUCCAGACAACCCUCUUGAAGAAAUUCGACCCUGUUAAAACCUUUAUUGGAACGCCACCUGCCGAGUAUCAACAGCAGUCGACUGAUCUGUUUGCAGCACAAUUUAACGGCAUUGACACUAUCGUCUAUGCCUACUCUGGGGCUCUUCUCUUCGUUGCAUUCUUGUCCGAAAUGCGUCAUCCCAUGGACUUCUGGAAGGGUUGUCUCCUCGCUCAAACAUUCAUCCUGGUCGUCUACGUCUUCUUCGGCGCUUUCGUUUACACCUAUAUUGGUCAGUACUCCAUCACAAACAUCACGCAGGUUGUCAGCCCCUACGGUCUGCAACUUGUCAGCAAUAUCCUGGCCUUGAUUACCGGUUUCCUUGCCAUCUUCUUGUAUUUCAACAUCGGCAUGAAGACGGUCUACCUCGAAGUUGGCCAGGAGCUAUGCGGACUGCCGCCCAUGAGCACGAAGAAGGGAUACUACUUCUGGCUGGCUCUUGGACCCAUAUAUUGGAUCAUUGCCUUGGUGCUUGCCGUUUCCGUCCCCAAUUUCACCGCCAUCACCAACCUCAUCGGUGGCUUACUCAGUCUCAACUUCACCUAUAGUAUCCCCGCCAUUAUGUACGUGGCCUGGGCCAUCCAAAGUGCUGCAGCACUGCCUGGCGAGGGUUUCGACCCAUAUACCGGUGUCACCACUCGUCAUGAUGAUGGCUGGCCGCGAUACAUGCGUGGGUUCAAGAAGAGCUGGUGGUAUACUCUUCCGGCGAUCCUGUUCGCACUGGGUGGUUUGGCCUCUUCCGGCAUGGGUUCUUGGUCCGCUAUUCAAUCCCUCAAGGAGAUCUUCGGCCCCGGUGGCACCAUUCAGACAUCGUGGAGCUGCACUGCUAUCGGUUAA